AUGAGAGAUUCUGAGCUGGACUCACCAAUGAUUCAUGCUCUGGCGAUCAGUGCAACCUACAAACACCUGACCCUCUCCCCUUCUUUUCAGCGUUACACCUUUUCCUCCUGGAUUAAGGAAAACAUCUGUAAGAAGGAAUGCUGCUUUUAUCAGAAGGAUCUUAGCUUGUCCUUAUCUAAAAGAGAGGAAGUAUGCAAGUGUGGCUACUCGAAGACCGAUCAUGCAGAUGAAGCCAUCACGUCUCAGGACUUCGCAGGGGAGGCAUGGGAUAGACACAGGCAUGUCCGUGAAGUUCAAACAGAUGCUUUUGGUGACAUAAGCUUUGGAGGUUUGGGACAAAAGACAGGAAAGUAUGUGCGAGUGUCUGCAGACACCAGUCCCGAGGUGCUGUACCGCUUACUGACCCAACAGUGGGAACUUUCACCUCCCAACUUGCUGAUCUCUGUGACCGGAGGAGCCAAGAACUUCUACCUGAAGGCUCAUCUCAAGACUGUGUUCAACAGAGGACUCAUCAAAGUGGCUCAGACCACAGGCGCAUGGAUCAUCACUGGCGGUACCAACACAGGGGUGAUGAAGUAUGUGGGGCAGGCUGUCAAGGAUCAUGCCCUGAGCAGCUCCAUAAGGAGCAAAAUAGUGGCUAUUGGAGUGGGGACAUGGGGAGUAAUUCACAACAGGGAAGCUUUAGUGCAUAAAGAUGGGUCUUUUCCUGCCCAUUACUUGAUGGACUCUAAAGAUCAGGGGCAACUGUCAUGUCUCGACAACAAUCAUACCCACUUCUUGCUGGUGGAUGACGGGACUCACGAACACUACGGUGUUGAGAUAGAAUUACGUACUCUUCUUGAGAAAUGCAUCUGCAGGAAGCAUCUUGGAAACAAAGAGAGUGAUGUGACCAUCCCUGUGGUAUGUGUGGUUUUGGAUGGAGGACCAGGCACGCUGAAUACCAUCUAUAAUGCUGUGUUAAAUGGCACGCCAUGUGUGAUCUUGGAAGGCUCUGGCAGACUAGCAGAUGUGAUCGCCAAUGUCUCAGCACUCCCAAUUCGCCAGGUCACUAUGGCCCUCAUCCGCCAGUUGAUGGAAAGGUAUUUUGGUCAAGAGUGUAAAAGCUUCAUCGAACUCAGCAUCAUAGAGUGGACCAAAAAGAUUCAGGACAUCAUCAGGAUGUCUCACCUGCUGACAAUAUUCAGAUUAAGUGAGAGCAGUCACAUGGAUGUGGAUGUAGCCAUUCUUCAAGCCCUUCUCAAAGCUUCAAAGAGCGUAGAGUCACCGGGCAACGAGUCCUGGAAGAGGCAGCUGGAGCUGGCUAUCGCCUGGAAUCGAGUGGACAUAGCCGAGACCGAGAUCUUCACUGAGGAGAGCCAGUGGAAGUCCAGCGACCUGCACUGGGCCAUGUUCUCUGCUCUGGUCGGCAACAAGCCCGAGUUCGUGAGACUGCUCCUGGAGAACGGCGUGAGUUUGAGGGAUUUCAUGCAGGAUGAGGAAACUCUGCGCGAGCUCUACAACCAGCUACCCAGCUGCUUCUUUCAACGCAAGCUGGCCAAGCGGGUCCGCAGUGGCCAAGGCAGCAGGAGCACUUCAACUGCAACAGGGAAAGACCAGAAAAUCACCUUGACACAUGUCUCUGAUGAGCUGCGCCACCUGCUGGGGAAAUUCACCUGCCACAUCUAUCCCCCCUCUACCGAGAUGAACCACCUCAGCAUGUCUGUAGAGGACACAUCGAUGUCGUGUGAGGGUGGUCAGGCAUCUUGUCAGGUUCUACUCAAGGAGCGCAGCACUGAAGCACAGAGGGAUGCGGGCAGAGAUAUGUUCCUUUGGGCUGUAGUCCAGAACAACAAGGAGCUGGCUGAGAUUGCCUGGGAGCAGUGUACAGACUGCAUGUCUGCUGCUCUAGCUGCCAGUAAGAUCCUGAAGAAAAUGGCCAACGAAACAAGUGACUCUGAUGAGGCACAAGACAUGCUCAAACUCGCCACUCAUUACGAAAAGCAUGCAAUCGGUGUGUUCAGUAAGUGCCACAACACUGAUGAGGAACGGGCUAAGAGGCUGUUGGUUCGCGUGUCACCCUUUUGGGGGAAAACGACGUGCCUGCGGCUGGCGCUGGAGGCUGAUGAUAAAAGCUUCGUGGCUCUGUCAGGAGCUCAGGCUUUUCUGACUCAGAUCUGGUGUAGUGAGCUUUCGGUGGACAACCCCGUCUGGAGAGUGCUGAUCUGCAUGGUCGUCUUCCCUCUUAUUUAUACAGGCUUUUUAGUUUUCAGACAAGAUGAACUCUACCAGAAAGAAGCUCAGAAAAACAAAGACAUGAAGAUGGUGGAGACGGCGGCGGGCAGCAGGAAAAAAUCUAUUAACUCCAAGGACAGAACGGUAUGUUGCUGCUCCUGUCCCUGCUCCCAAUGCUGCUCCUGUUGCUGCUCCCGACUGGUGAGCUUGUACAGGUCCCCACAGGUCAAGUUUUACUUGAACAUCGCAUCCUACUUCGCCUUCCUCUUCCUGUUUGCUGUGGUGCUGAUGAUCGACUUCCAGCCCACGCCAUCUGCUGCAGAGCUGCUGCUCUACGUCUGGCUGCUCUCUCUGGUUUGCGAGGAGUUCAGGCAGUUGUUUUAUGAUCCGGAUGGUUUUGGGUUUUCAAAGAAAGCGCAAAUAUACAUCAGUGAUGUGUGGAAUAUUUUAGACGUUCUGUCUAUCAUCCUGUUUAUUUUAGGCCUUACGUUAAGACUGAAAACUGAGCUGUUCUAUGUGGGUAAAGUCAUCCUUUGCAUCGACUUUGUGGUCUUCUGCCUCCGCCUCAUGGCUAUCUUCAUGGUCAGUCGAAUCCUGGGACCCAAAAUCAUCAUAGUCAGAAGGAUGAUGAUGGAUAUGUUCUUCUUCAUGUUUAUGCUGAGCAUCUGGGUGGUGGCGUAUGGGGUGGCCAAACAAGGUAUUCUCAUCCACAAUGAGAACCGGCUGGACUGGAUUAUCCGCGGGGUGGUUUACGAGCCUUACCUCAUCAUAUUUGGAACUUUUCCAAAGAAUAUUGAUUAUGCUGAGUUUGACGUGAACUCCUGCAGCAUGAAUGCCACAGAUCCUCUGAAGCCGAAGUGUCCCGUGCUGAAUGGAGACCAAACUCCGGUCUUUCCUCAGUGGAUCACCAUCAUCAUGCUCUGUAUUUACCUGCUCUUUGCCAACAUACUGCUGCUCAACCUGCUCAUAGCCAUCUUUAACUUUACGUUCCAGGAAGUCCAGGACAAUACAGAUCGGAUCUGGAAGUUUCAAAGAUAUCAAUUAAUCAAGGAGUACCACAGUCGCCCAGUUUUCCCUCCUCCUUUGAUCAUCUUCAGUCAUCUCUACCUGUUCAUCAGGAGGAUAGUGCUGCGGAGGCCCCCCAUCAAACACAAAGAGUUCAAGAGAGAACUUUCUCAGACAGAAGAAGAGGUGCUUUUGUCCUGGGAGGCAUUGAUGAAGGACAGAUACCUGCAGUCAGCAAAGCAGGAGCAGAACCAGAGCAUGGAGAGAUGCAUCCACGAUACCAGUCAAAAGGUUACCACCAUAUCCGAACGGCUGGAAAGGGAAGAGGAAACUAGCUCUGCUGCCAUGCUGAACAGGCUGGCCAGACUAGAGAAGCAGGUCACCCAGUCAGCCAAAGCUCUGCAGUGGAUUAUGGACAGUCUGAAAUCGCAGGGUUUUUCUCCAAAAGAAACCCAAUCACAGACCUCGGCUGAAACAGACGAGUCCCCUGACUCGUUCAGGAGCCUAUCGGAGAGAGAGGAGUAUUUCCAUGAAAACGCUCGUCAGCUUUACUACCCGAACAGCAAACUCACACGGUUUCCUGUGCCAGAAGAAAAAGUGCCCUGGGAGGUCAGCUUCAAAUCUUACAUGCCCACUAUUUAUCCUUCUGAAGAUAGCGUUGACGACGCGGCUGGAUCCGAACCAGAACCCUUACAUCUUAACAGAAAUCCAGGCGGAAGGACGGGAAUCAGCGGACGAGGAGCACUCAAACAUCUUGGUCCCAACUUGAGCCUGGAUCUGGUGCUCACACGGUGGAAAGAUAGUGACAGAUCAGUCCUGGAGUACCUGUCUGUUCGGGAUAAGAGUCGAGGAAUCUCAACUCUACCUGGGGGACCCGUCGACUCUGCUGGUCAGCUGCCAGAGACUCUUAAGACAUCACUGGGGGAGAAGGUUUAUGAAGCAAUAAAAGGAAAAGUGCCUGAAGGAACAAAGGUGUUUGAAGGUUAUGUGGAUGACUGCAGGAAUACAGAUAACGCCUGGGUAGAAUCCACAGUCAUAAACAUUCACCUGGACAGAACAAGCAAAGUGGUGGUGGACAUCAACGACAUGGUGGCGAGAAGCCAGGGCUUUCUUGAGUGGCAGGUGGUGACCAGCAAAGCCCAACUAGGCUCGUAUCAAAGAGAUUUACUGAGACAGGUUGCAGCGCUCCACAACAAGAAGUCCUGAGCUGUACCUUUUGUAACGUAAACAUGGCGGGGAAAAAAAAUCAAAGAUGGAAAUAAGUCAUAAGAAAAUGUGAAUUGAUAGUAUACCAAUGCACUGUGCUGCUCCAGACAUGUUUACACUCAGGGCACUUAACUUACUCCUAUAAAGGACAAUAUCACGCUAUUUCCCUUCACUAUAGUUGUCUGACACUUUACUGUAAUAAUGUAUAACUUCUCUGUGGAAAGGAAAAACAAAAUAAAUCAGAAUCAGAAUCAGAAAAGGGUUUAUUGCCAAGUUUGUUAACACACACAAGGAAUUUGUUGUGGUGAUUGGCGCAAUACAAUAAAAAUAAAAAUAUAAAAACAAACAAAUAUAUAAGAGAUAAAAUAAGAGAUAGAAUAAAAUGUAUAAACAGAAAUGUACAAUAUGAGGUUUUAAAGUGCCGGAUAUGAGUCUUUACAAAAAGUGACGUAGGAUGAGUAAGAACAGAUAAAAUAAAAUGUAUAAACAGAAAUGUACAAUAUGGGGUUUUUAAAGUGCCGGAUGUGAGUCUGUACAAAAGUUACGGGAUUGGGAUAUUACGUUAAUGUACCGUAGAGUGGGAUGGGGGGGCAGUCCGUGGCAGACGGGGGAGAGGGAGGUCCGGGGCCUUGUUGAUGAGGACGGCUGCAGACGGGAAAAAACUGUUUAAAGAAAUGCUAAUAAGUAUAUUAAAUGUCCAAAGCUUUGUUACCUCUUUGCAAAGCAUUGCUUAGGUAAUAACAGCCUUAUAAUAACAGUAAUUCACAACACAAUAUGUGACUUACUCAAUUAAGACACUUACUUAUGAAGAGAUUAUGCUGCAUCAAUAUUUUGUUAUAUCCUGCUGCUAACAGUUCUGACCGUAUAAUUUUUUUUAUUUUUGUAAUUAUUUUGUAUUUAAGUAUUUUACUUUGCUGAGCCCAACUUGAAAAAUAAAGUUUCUUUGGC